AUGUUCUCCCGAAUCGCCAUCAGGGCUGCCAAGCCUGCCGGCUUCAGUCGCCCUCUGUCGACUACCGCCUCGUUUGCGAAGGCCAACCUGGGCAGCAAGGGCCGACAGAUGCCCGCCUCGUUCUCCCGUGCUACAGCCCCCGUGUCUGGCACCGAGGCUACGCUUACUCUCCGAGACGGCCCAAUCUUCCGCGGAACCGCCUUCGGAGCCGAUACCAACAUCUCCGGCGAAGCUGUCUUCACCACCUCCCUCGUUGGCUACCCCGAGUCCAUGACCGACCCUUCAUACAGGGGCCAAAUCCUCGUCUUCACACAGCCUUUGAUUGGCAACUACGGCGUCCCCGGUAACCAGCGCGACCAAUGGAACUUGCUCAAGUACUUCGAGUCCCCUCACAUUCAGUGUGCGGGAGUUGUCGUUGCCGAUGUCGCUGAGCAGUACAGUCACUGGACUGCUGUUGAGAGCCUCGGCGAGUGGUGCGCUCGCGAGGGCAUUCCCGCCAUCUCUGGUGUCGACACCCGAGCUAUCGUCACCUACCUCCGAGAGCAGGGUUCCUCGCUCGCCAGGAUCUCCACUGGAGAUGAGUACGACGCCGACGAAGAUGAGAGCUUUGUCGACCCGGGCCAAAUCAACCUCGUCAAGAAGGUUAGCACCAAGGCUCCUUUCGUUGUUGAGGCCCACAACCCCAAAUACCACAUUGCCCUGAUCGAUUGCGGUGUCAAGGAGAACAUCCUCCGCAGCUUGGUCAGCCGAGGUGCCAGUGUGACUGUCUUCCCUUACGACUUCAAGAUCCAGAAGGUCGCGGACAACUACGAUGGUGUUUUCAUCUCUAACGGCCCUGGUGACCCGACGCAUUGCCAGGACACCGUCCACAACCUCCGAACUCUCAUGGAAACCUCGCAAGUGCCAGUCAUGGGUAUUUGCUUGGGACACCAGUUGCUCGCUCUCUCCAUCGGUGCUCGCACCGUCAAGAUGAAGUACGGUAACCGAGCUCACAACAUCCCUGCUUUGGAUCUUUCCACUGGUCAGUGCCACAUUACCAGUCAGAACCAUGGCUAUGCUGUUGAUGCCAGCUCUCUGCCCAAGGACUGGAAGGAGUACUUCGUCAACUUGAACGACGGAAGCAACGAGGGCAUGCGUCACGCAACCCGACCCAUCUUCUCCACUCAGUUCCACCCCGAGGCUAAGGGUGGCCCGAUGGACAGCUCUUACCUGUUCGACAAGUACAUUGAGGACGUCAUGGCCUUCAAGGCCACCCAAAAGGUCUACAAGGACAACAGGCCGACACAGUUCAUGCUCGACAUCUUGAGCAAGGAGCGCGUCGGUGUUCAACCCGACAAGCUUGCUCAAGCCGCUUCGGCUUAA